CGCGGCUUCGGAGCUCGUCGCUUCUCCCUCGCUCUGCCCGGCUGCUUGUCUGUGACCUGUAUUCCCGUCCCUGCUGAUGGUAUCCCAUUGAAUCGAUUGCGCAUCCUCAUCUCCCUCCCCUCCUUACCUUACCUGUCCGACCCCGACCCGGGGAAGUCCUUCCUCGCUCUCCACUUUAUUUUUCGCAUCCAGACCCCCCGUUGCUCCCCAACCAUCAAUCCCCUCCAAUCGCAGAAUGUCGUUCAAAAUGCCCUUCGAGUCGAGCCCACCGUCGACUCCGGGCCACUCUCGCAGUCUGUUUAGCAAUCUAUCAGAAACGCCGGCCGGUGCUCCGCCCUCCGCAUCCAACUCGUUCACUCCGCAAGGCCACCCUCCGUCCAGCAGCGUCUUCGGGAGCUCGCAGAUGAGCUCCGGAUCUCUCUUCACCAAAUCCGGGAACAUCAACCCCAAUGACAGCAUCUUCGGCUCCUCCAUCGCGUCCGCCGAUUUUGCCCUGCCCCCACGUGGGAAGAAAACCACGCAAACCAAGUCCUUUGCCGCAUCACAAUCUCUGUUCAGCAUCACCAAUGGGAGCCGAUUCGCCGAGUCGACCAGCUUCGGGAAAUCCAACGGCUUCGCGGAGUCGCAAAUGGACGACGAUGCCGAUCAAGAUGCGGAAGGAGAGGAGGAAGUGCUGCCGGAGGAAGAAGCCGAGGAGACGGGCGACGCAAUGGAUAUGGGAAUUGCAACACAGAAGAAUCCCGCCCCGCGCUUUAGCUUUCUGGACUCCCAGCUCGGUGACUCUAUCACCGCGCCACCCGUCCCUCUCGGUCAACGCAAGUCGAUCUACUCCAACCCAACCAACGCCAAGCGGCCAAAGCUCGACGAGCAGUGGGCGAAUAAGUCGCCUCUGCGCAAAGGGAAGUUGUCGCCCAAGAAAGACUCCGCUAUGCCAUCGAUUGUGCGGAAUUUUGCUUCGCGAUCGCGCGUGGUUGCCGUGAACGAGUCCAGCGAAUUUAUCAUGAGCACGGAGGACGAAAUCUGUCGCAUGUACGACGAAGUCAAGCAGUCCGAGAUCAACGGCGCCGACUUUGAGGUCGCUCUCUCGGAUGCUUGCGACAGACUGGUGACUGCGUGGAAGACGUCUACAAGCCCGAAUGGCCCGGGGCAGAAUACAGGGGCUGGCAUUGGACCAGGAGACCAUGCCUCGAACGUCGCGAAGGCAACUUUCUUGGCUUCCCUGCUCCUUCAGCUUCACCAUCCCCCCCAAUUGGCAGCCAAGCCAAGUCUUGUGAAUCCCCUAGGAUUUCCCGCACGCAAUCUAAUACUGGCGGCCCCUCGGACGAACUCGCCCACGCCUUUGCCCAAGCUCCUCCUUGACUGGCUGGAUGACCACCAUAUGCCUCUGACAGCGGAGCUGCAAGCAUUGAAAGAGGUCGAGCCGAAUCCCUCAGCAUCCCCCAACUUCUGGGAGCUCAUCAUUGCCGCUGUCUUGCGGGGCCAUCUCUCCGAGGCCGCAGAUCUUUUGCGGUCGGCCGAUUUCAACUACGCGAGGUCGGCUCUGGAGGAUGGCAUCCCGCAGUCCGGCUACCGUGGUGCGCAGCUGCAGAACAUUCAACGGUGCGUCAACCGGGCCCUCCAGAUUCUCGAAUCGUGCCCCAGCGUGCAACACGAUGACUGGGACAUCCGAGGCACCGACUGGGCACUGUAUAGGAAACGGGUGAUCGCCGCCGUGUCGGACUUGGAGGAGUUCGCCGAGGGCAAUGAGCAGCAAUCUCCGGAGCCUCCCGCCGCAGAGAAUCGCUUCCAGGCAGUCAACUUUGGCCUGAAGGCCACUCCUGCUGCGCCGAUGUUCUCCUUUGCCCAGAAUGCGCGCAUGGCGGAGAGCAAAGUUCCUUGGACAAUCUACCAGAACCUUCGAUCCCUGUAUCGCAUCAUCCUCGGUGACACCAGCGUGGUCAUGAAUCACGCGGAGGACUGGAUAGAAGCCACGGUGGGGAUGACCGUGUGGUGGGAUGGUGAGGACGACGCGGAGAGUUCCAACAAUGACUUUGGUGCCAGCACCAACCUCCUGUUCUCCAGACUCCCCAAGCUCCAAGCUUCGCCCGCCAGUGCAAGACAUGCCUAUCUCCGCCGCCUGGAUUUGGCCUUCAGCCAUGCCACCAAUGCGGACCCCGACGACGCUGGUUUCCAGGUCAACUCGUUGAGCAGCCUCGAAGUCGGGCUGGCUUCCGUAUUUGAGGGCAAUGUGGAAGGCGUGUUGGAAUUGCUUCAAACGUGGUCGCUGUGCGUGUCCUCCGCUGUCGUCGAAGUCGCAUCCAUUGGCGGCUGGCUCGACCCCGGGGCCGGUCCCAAGUCGUUGCCAGGCCUGAGUGAGGAUGACUUGAUGGUCCUUUCCUAUGGCCAGGAUGGCGAUGCGCCCUCGCGUCGUGUCCACAAGAACGAUGUGAUCAGCGCCUAUGCAUCGGGCUUGUCUCAACGUCCCACCGUGGAGUGUGAAUCGGGCGCCCGCGAAGGAUGGGAGGUCGCCAUCGAGGUUCUGAGUCGCUUGGACGACCGCGAUAAGAUGCAGAAGAGCGUUGCGGAACUGCUGGACAAGCUGCCCCUCAACACUUCGGAGCAGGUGGAUAAGGUGGUCCUGCUGUGCUCCGAACUCGAUCUGGACACUGAGGGACGGAAGGUUUCCGAGCGCUUUGGCGACGACACCGUGGCCAAGUCUCAAGACUAUGGCCUGGCCCUUCUCUGCUAUGCGCGCGCACACAACCGGCGCAAGGUCAAGUCGAUUGUCGACCUGCUCAUCUCCUACAGUCUGGUUCAGUCCCGCGCCUAUCCUGAAUCCACCGACCUGGACGAACAGCUGGAAGCGCUGAUCCGGGAACCCAAGCACUGCUUGUCCGCGGUGGCCGUCACCGAUGAGGAGGCCGCGUCCAUCCUCCAGUACUACUUCAGCGGAUACGCGACUCUCCGUCGCUUCUACGAGACCCGCGACGAGGCUAUCAACCUCCCAGAGGGACAGCGCCCGCGGUUCAAGCCUCUCGCCAGACGGCGCGCCGCCGCGCAGGCCCUGGUGGCGGUCAUUGGCAGCGCGGCCGACAGCAUCUACGGUGGGCUAUACGACCCGGAUCGCGACGCGGUCAUCCAAGUCGACGGACUGUUGACUUUGCUCGGCGAGGCCCUGCCCUUCAUUGAUCAGCCCACUCCGCUCCUCUCCGUCUCCCAACAAUUCACCAUCCUCUCCGCCAUCGAAGACCUCCAAACCGUGACCCCCCGCGUCUACGCGCAGUGCGAGGAAUGCUUCCGCUCCACGCUCAUCCAGUACCACUCCUCAAAGCGCGCCCACUCCUCCGACUCCUUCGUCCUCCCGCCCUCCCCGCGCGCCAUGCUCAAGAAGUCCGUCUCCGCGCUCACCGCAUCCAGCACCUUCUCCCUCAUCGGUAGCGACAUGAUCGAGUCCGCCCGCACUCGCUCGGGCUCGGGCUCCGUCGGCAGCUCAGGCGUCCUCGUCCCGCGCGCAGACGCUGAGGCUGCCACCACCGAACGCGGCUGGGACUGGCGCGCCGGGCUGCCCGAGGACGCCGCCGGCGAAGACAUCCUCCGCAUCCUCCGCCUCGGUCUCGCCAAGGGUCUCAGCCACGGUGCCCUCGGAUCCAUCUAGCUUUGUUUACCUGAACUGAUCAAGAGAAAAAAAAAAGUGCGAGAAAUUACUACCCGGUGUCGUUGUAUUUUAUAUCAUCUGCUUCUUUAUAUUUUCCCCAUUCGUGUCCUAUCUCUCAUCAACACCGGUGGCGCUGGGCGGGCCAUCCAAUCUCACUUGAUAUACUGUAUGCAUAUUAUAGCUCUUCGUAGUAGUGCUGGAUGAUGGGGUAAAGCAAGGAGGGAGCAAUCCAUUCUACAAGACCAGACAAGAUUUCAACCUUUUUACCUUGUUUAAUUCUUUCUUCGUGUUCACUGAGUAUACCGUCUAUUCACCUCCUCCUGAAGAAUCAAUAUGGAUAAAAGACAUACCUCCGCCUUUCCUUCUCCCCAACUUCUCUCUCUCUCUCUCUCUCUCUCUCUCUCUGUGUGUGUGUGUGUGUGUGUGUGUUGGAGAAGGCGGGUGGGG